AUGGGUGGCAUCGUCGUGGUCCUUCGGCAGCCCCGUGACGACCAUCCCUUCCACGAGGGUAUCGACGCAGUAAUCGACGACUGCGCCAGGCUCCGGGCUCUCGAUGACGUUUUCCGCAAUGAUUCCCGCGGGUCGAUUGACAUCCGCAAGCACGUCUCGAUCAUCGACCUUCUACCCUUCACCGGUACUGGCGCGGGAGAGCAAGAUGGGCCAUGA